GAAGAGCCUGCUGGGGAAGCGGCUGCGCAAUAUCCGAGCGAGCUGGGGGUCGCGGGGCCGGGGCGGGGGUGUCCCGCACGCUGCUUCUGGCCUGUCCUUAACGCACCGGCACAGCUGUGCUCCCGGGACGGGGCCAAGGAGUUGGGCGAACCCCCGGCCACGCUGCCCACGGUGGGCACGAACCUGACGGACCUGACGCUGCACAAGAGGGUGACGCUGCGGGAGCUGGGCGGCUGCAUGGGCCCCAUCUGGCCCAGCUACUACGGGGAGUGCAGCGCCGUGCUGUUCGUCAUCGAUGCCGCCAACCCGACCCAGGUCUCCUCGUCCUGCGUCCAGCUGCUGUCCCUCCUCUCUGCAGAGCAGCUCGCAGCCGUGCCCGUGCUGAUCGUCUUCAACAAGAUUGACCUGCCCUGCUACAUGUCACUGGUGGAGAUGAAGUCGUUGUUCCGCAUGCAGGACAUUGUCUCCUGCGCCACGCAGCCCAUCACCAUUCUGGAAACCAGUGCACGCGAUGGCACCGGCCUGGCUGAUGUCCUGCAGUGGCUUCAGGCCACCCUCGGGGACCCUAGCUGACCUGGCCCCAGCACUUGUGCAGUGUGACAGGCUGAUGGCAGGCAGCAGCUCCUCGGUACUCCGUGGUAAAACUGAAACUGAAACCCAAGCCAUCUUUGUCUGUGUCUGCAGCAGAUCUUUGUCUCCAAGCAAUCGUGCAGCAAUUCUCAGGGUGCCUCAGAGCGCGCUGCCCUUCCCCUGCAGGCUGUGAGACCUCAGCAGAGGGAGUGCCACCUGUGGGAGGGCCCUGCUGGCUGCUUGCAUCCAGAGCAAGAUGGAGCUCUGAAACCGGAUGGACCCUGAAGGCGAAACUGUCGGCUCUGGAGCCACGCGAAGGUGAAAAGCAGAGCCCUGUGUGCUGGAGAUUAGCAAGGGGCAAAUUGAUAUCCUAUCACUGUGCUGCUGGCAGGACAUGGAGCCAGGCUGGAUUCUCACCCCAGAUAAGCAGAACCUGCUGACAUGAGCAUGUAGCUGGGUUUGGAGGCAGCAUAAAGGUGGAGUGAGAGGGUCCUCCUCUCUCCCGUGCUGGUACCUUCUGGAGCAGGAGUGGUUGCAGUGCUUGGGGCUCCCAGCUGCUCUGACCUCACAUGCCCUGCAUCACCCAUAGCUCAGUGGGGUGACCCAUGGGAAUAUGCAGGAAGACAGGGGCUUGGGGGUGUUGUGCUGAUACACAGCACUGCAGAUGCCUCUCCGGCACUCACUAUGGUUCAAAAAACUGCAGAUUAUGAGGAAAAUUUUUGUGCUGAAGCAGCCUGAUAAGCUGAUUUCUAAGAUUUGGUUUUAUGUUGUUUUCAAACUCUUGCUCAAUGGUCUGGUAGGUGUUCUGUGGGGGAUUGUUUAUCACAGAAGUGUCUGUUGAGACGACCUUCUCCUGCAGCCCCGGUUCGCCUUGCAGCAGCUUGCUCAGGCUCUCAUUCUCAGCGCAGUUUCCGUAUGGCCAUGGGACAUUUUCCCUGCUGUCACCCUCAUACGGCUGGAAGUCGACGUGAUACAUCAUCUUGCAGUUGACGCAGGGUGGCUUUUCUAUGAAGUCUCCAUUGCUGCUGUAGCAGAAGGCUCGGCACUGCACUCCAUCAGGGAAGACAAUGGCCAGAUUAUCCUGCCCGUGGUACACUGCGAACGCCACCGCCUGGUGCCACGUCCUUAGGCACAAGAUGCUAAUCAUGAUCUUCUUCUCCAUCCGCCCUUUGCAGGAGACAGAUGCUCCAUAAAAGAGAGGGAAGCCUGCUUCAUUCUUAGGUUUUCUGGGUUCUCUGUAAAAGCUGUAAGCGACAACUGCGGCUCUGAAGGUGAACUCAGUGGGCCUCAGUUUGGGUGCUCGAGUCCUUCUUGCUAUUUCCACAGCGCUAUUAAAUCCAUGCAAGAAAGA